GGUUCAUUACCAGCAACAUAAAAAAUGCAUUAGAUAGUUAUCUAAAUGUUAUCAUUAUGAAACAAUAAAUCUUUUACGAACAUGGUGCAUAAAACAGUGUCAAUACGUUCAUAAAACUAGAUUGUAGUGUUGUAUCAUUCUGUGUAAUUAUUGUGCAGUGCCAUUGUGUAUUUAAAACUGUAAAAUGACAGACGAAGGUAAAAAGCCUAUUAGCCGAGCACGAAUUAUUACAUCACAGGUACUAGCAUGUCUGGCACUGGACUUCUUGCUGAUCGGGCUGGGCUUGUCCAUCAGCUUCGUAACAAUGGUGUUACCUGAGGUCCUCGACGCUAAAGAAGGGCUGUCUAUUACUAAGAAACAAGCUUCCUGGUUCGGUAGCAUGGCGUUCCUCUGCCAGCCUUUAGGCAGUAUUUUCUCAGGACCUCUACUGGACCACUUUGGUCGUAAAAAGGCCCUCUUCCUGGUCAACAUACCCCACGUGAUCGCUUGGUUACUGAUGUACUACGCGUGGAACGUGCCUUCUUUGUUCAUCGGUAAUGCCUUAUUGGGGAUCGGGACCGGAAUCAUGGAAGCACCUUCAGUGACUUAUGUUGGUGAAAUAAGUGAUCCUUCAGUACGCGGUAUUUUGACUACCCUUACAAAUGGAUUUACCUCAACGGGAAUGUUCAUUGCGUAUCUCUUGGGGUCAGUCCUGCCGUGGAGGCAGGCAGCUCUCGUGGCACUUACUGUUCCUCUAGCAACAAUGUUCCUGGUACUUUUUGUUCCCGAGACUCCAAUAUGGCUUUUAUCAAAAGGACGACAAAAAGAUGCUUUGGAAUCUCUCUGCCGUUUACGAGGUUGGGCUCAACCGGAAGAUGUCAAACAAGAAUUUGACGAACUCAAAGAAUAUCAUGAGGAAUUACGCCAGUGUGUUCUAUGCGCUAAACAGGGAAAAACAGUUGAACCUUGUGAACACUACAAUACCAGCACUUUGAAAGAGACAUUGCUUAAGAUUAAGAACAUAUUUUUUGUUAAAGAGACAAUGAAGCCAUUCUUGUUGGUGUUAGCAUAUUUCUUCUUCCAUACUACGAGUGGAGUGAUGCCAGUCAGACCUAAUAUGGUGAAUGUGUGCAAAGCUUUAGGGAUGAAGUAUAAUCCGAAAUCUAUUGUUGUCUUCGUCGGCGUCAUAUUCAUCGUUAUGAGUUUAUUAUCCGCUCUCAUCGUCAAGCUCAUCGGAAAAAGGAAGCUGGUCAUCGGAUCCAUGUUCGCUACCGCCUGCUGCAGCAUCGCCCUCAGUAUUUACUCUCGGACCAACCUUCCCAAAACUGUCUUCUCCUACGAACCCAGUACUUUCCCAGAGGAUAAGGCCAUUUUGCCCGUCGUGUUGUUCCUGCUAAACAUUUGUUUCAAUGCUCUUGGAAUACCUUGGGUGCUUUUGUCUGAAGUGUUUCCUUUCAGGAGUCGCGGUAUCGCCACGGCCAUGGCCGCUGCCGCCAACUACAUCAUCUUCUUCGCCGCAGCCAAAACCAACUACAACAUCGAAUACGCUUUCCAUCUCAGCGGCACCUUCGCGCUAUAUGGGAUCAUGGGCUUCAUUGGCACCUUGUACCUUUACCUCUUCCUACCAGAGACUGAAAAGAAAACUCUAGCAGAAAUAGAAGCUUACUACAAAAGCAAUAGAAAAAUAUUUGCUAACGAUUUCCUCAUCAACGCCUUUAAGAAAAAGACGAGCACAGACACUGAGGCAAACAAACUGAUGCUAGUCAAAACAUCAACUUGAGAAGGAUUUAACGAUCAACUGAGAUGUGAAAUAUAUUGAACCGUAUACGAAAUUGUUGGGACUAUAGUGAACUAUAUUGAAUUAAAGAUAUGAAUAUGAAAAAUAUUAUAGAAUUUAUUUGUUAACGUCAUCGAUUUGCUCAAAACUAACACUGGACAUGUGAGUUAUAUACGUAAAAAUCUUUUUGAAAGAUUCUCUUUAGUACAACUAAAAUUAUGUGAUAGAAAAUAUCUUUGGAUGAAAUAUACAUCGGACACGUAUCGAAGAAAUUCAACACAGCUGUGGUAGUAGGCCAUUUUAACUAAUACUCUCUUAAAUCCUAAAAUGACUACUAAAAUAAUUUUUGACCACAUCCACUGGAUAUUCAAGUGUUAUAUGGAUCAUAAAAUAUUUUGUAAAUUCUCAUUUACCUUAUUUAACUUAGAUGGCGUAACGCAGUAUUAAGAUACCUAUUAUUAAGAUACUGUAAAUUAUUUCUGAAAGUAGUAUCGAAUAAUAUCCGUAGAUACGUAACGUUUCUUUUUAAUUAAUUCGACUUUUGGUAAGUAAGACAUACCUAUUAGUUGAUUGUAGUUAUAAUAAUAAUUAUAAAAACAAUGAGAUUGUGUAAAGAUCUUUCUAAAAUUUUACUGUUAUUUUUCUGUACGACUUUUACAGUAUGAAACUGAUGUUUUCUUGUUUUUUUGUGAGAUAUUUGUAUUGAAGAAUAAAAGGAUGAUAUUUUAAAGUUA